AUGGAUGGUAUGUUGGUCAGUGUUCAUUCUCCCACGUUUGGAGUGGCACAAUAUGGGAAUAACAAGGUUACAAAGAGGGACAUCACUUUGUUUAGCUCGAUAGAUUCCAGAGAUGGAUUAGCAUUGAGAGGUGCUUUUCUUAUGGAAUGUUUAGCUGAUUUGAGAAAGAGUCUGAUGAAAAGAGAACUUAAUCUUCUCAUACGGAGUGGUAAACCAGAAGACAUUCUUCCUUCCCUUGCCAAAGACUUUGGAGCUCAUACCGCAUUUUAUCAUAAAGAAACGUGCAGCGAGGAGCUACAUGUUGAAAGAAUUGCGAAUUAG